UGCAUUUUAUCUUAAGUCGGGAAUAAUGAAACUUUUAACAAGUAUCUUAAUCAUAUGUGGCCUGGGAACUUCUUUGGCAGUCCAGGACAAGAUUAACAAAACGCAAAUGAUCGAAUUGUUACGGGAAGGGCUUUACGGAAAAGUUGAUUCGGUUCAGUGGAGUCCGCUAGUUAAAGAAUGGGUUGUGGACGGUUAUCUUCAAGUACCAACGACAAUAUUACGAAUGAAUCACGUCCUUAAUUUGCUAACCAAAGCUGUAAAGAAAACCGAGGUCGUACAGCUGGCAAAGGAGAAAGCUUUGAAAGUUAUUGAGAUAAUCCUUAAGUUGUCAAUGAAAAAAGCCGGAAGUAUGAUUAAUAAGUUGAGAUAUAAAAUAAUUGUGCACUUCCAGGAUAAAGGUGUUCCGAUCACAACGCCCUCUGACCUGGGUUACUUGGACACAACUUCCGCGCCUGUUGACCCCACAACUUCAACCUAUGAAAAUGAUACAAUUUAUGAUAUAUUAAACGAGAAUGGAUAUUCGAAUAUGUUCAAUGAUUACACUAUCGAUUGGUAGUGGUAAUAACACUCAAGUAGGCAAAAUUAAACAAAAAACUAUAAAAUAUUUUGCAAACUUCGCAUAUAACUACACAUCUUCCGGCAAAUCAUUUUCAGCUGUGAGAAUCGUCGUAAGAAAGAAGCAGAGCUAGGGAUACAGAAAUGCGUAGAAGUUAAUAAUUUUGUAGUUUUUUGUAGUUUGUAGAAGUUUGAGUCUUAUGCUGAGAAAAUGCAAUGUUUUCCGAUAACGGAAAUUUGUAAAUUUUUAAUUUGCCACGUCCCAAGGAAAUUCUAUUGAACA